ACUGAAAUAGGCCCGGUCCACGUCGUGGGUUCAUUCGAAGGGCUCACGCCCGGUAAACAUGGUUGCCAUGUUCAUGUGUAUGGUGAUCGCACCGAUGGUUGCACCUCGGCUGGCCCUCACUUCAACCCCACCAACUGCAAUCACGGAGCUCGUGAGGAUACUGUGCGUCACGUUGGUGAUCUAGGAAACGUCACAGCUGGCGCUGAUGGCAAGGCCUCUAUCGACUUCUCGGACAACAUUAUUUCGCUUUCUGGAGCGCAUUCUAUCAUUGGAAGAUGCCUUGUUGUGCAUGCCGGUGAGGACGAUCUUGGCAAAGGUGGACACGAACUGAGCCUCUCAACUGGAAAUUCAGGAGGCAGAGUGGCCUGUGGGGUCAUCGGCCUCGCCAAGAGCGACUAA